GAAGCGUCAUUGUGGUGCGGCUCGGCAUAAGUAUGCUGGAGAAUGUUGUGAUCGGCCAAACGAUGUCUCGUUCCUCCGAACAGAAGAUUCAACCAAGGACUGAAUCGUACGCUUCAAAUUAACCCGACUGCUCGACAAAAUUGACUGGUAUAAUUUUGUUGCGGAGGAAAUUGAUAUAGUCACUUCCAAAAAGGAACGACAUAAUGACAACGAUCAAGGUCCCUUCUUCAGUAACGGAUGCGCUGACCUUCGCGGGAGCUGCUACGUCAUUUUACCUGUUCACGCAAUUCGCGCGACACCUUUACAUUUACCUUCGACCAUCUUCACUUGACAAAUAUCGCUCCAAGGAUAAGGAAACUUGGGCGCUUGUCACUGGCGCCAGCGAUGGAAUCGGUCUCGGCUUUGCACAGGAGCUGUGUAGACGGGGAUUCAAUGUCUUCCUCCACGGCCGGAACCGCGAAAAGCUGCUAGGCAUUCAGGAACGGCUGAAGGCAGAAUUCCCCGCUGCCAAAACAAAGAUAAUUGUCUUCAACGCUGGCGGGUCGACUGAAGAUAUCGAUGCCAUUGCGCGUGAAGUCGGCGAUGCCAAUCUCAAAGUCCUCGUCAACAAUGUCGGUGGCCAGACAGGCGUGUCCAAUACAUACAAACGCCUUGACGAGAUGACGCACGAUGAAGUCGAGUACCUGCUGGGUCUAAAUGCAAGGUUCACGACGCAUAUUACGCGGGUUCUCCUGCCUGUCCUGGAGAAGAAUGAGCCUAGUCUCGUCUUGAACGUCUCUUCUAUAGCCUCUGCAGGCUUCCCGUGGCUCAGUAUUUACAGCGCCUCAAAGGGUUAUAUUGACUCGUUUUCCGGCGCCCUCAAUGCGGAGAUGAAAGCAUACGGGAGGAACAUCGAGGUUAUGGCACUUCGUGUCGGCAGCGUCAGCACGGCCGCGAUGGACAUCAAUGCAAACCUCUUCGCGCCUACAGGCAGGACGAUGGCAAGCGCAGCUUUGAACAGAGUUGGAUGUGGUGAACACUUGGUCUGGGGAUAUUGGUGGCAUAGACUGCAGGGUCUCGGGUUUGACGUGCUUCCUCGGGGAGUCAUGCUUUCUGCCGCGACAGGCCGUCUAAGACAGCUGAAGGAAGAUGCAGACAGGAAGGAGAAGAGUCAAUGAAGUUCAGACGUGAACUCAUCGUUUUGACAUAUCGGAUAGGACGGUCUGCAAAGAGAAAGACCGGGGUCCGGCCAAACAUCAGUCUGAUUCAUGUCGUAAGAUUGUCCCUGCGGGACAUAACAGAGGAUUAUGUAUAGACUAGUUGGUAGCAAUGGUUAUAAAAUAUGUAAUGUAUAUAAAAAUCUGCCCAAAGAGCAGCAUUAAAACAAUUAUUCGACUCGAUCGACGAUUCAGCUCGGACAAAAUGGAACUUCCGCG